GUGAGGUCUCGGCGAUCUGGACACACUGUUUCAUUGUCAUUUUCUUCUGUUCAAGAUAUGGUCCCUUGAUAACCGAUCGACCCUUUGAAGCGCAAAAGUAACUUUACCACAUCCGGCACCAUGUCCCUCAACCUCGAGAAGCAGCUCCUCUUCUAUGGGUCCUACCACCACAAUGCUGUCAAUGUUGGUAUACACAUCAUCUGCGUGCCUCCGAUCCUGUUGACGGCCAUCUUGCUUCUCACCAAUACCCCUGCCGUACCACUGCCAUCCUGGCUAUCCGUCCCUAACCUCCCCCUCAACGUCGGCACGUUCGGAGCAGUUUUGUACUCGACAUUGUACGUCCUCAUGGAACCUGUCGCAGGAGGGCUUCUUGCCCCUCUCCUCAUUGGUGGCACAGCUUACGCAAACCACCUCACGUCGACGUAUGGAGCCACGGCGAACUGGGCUGCUGGCGGUGUUCACGUCAUGUGCUGGAUAGCGCAGUUUAUUGGACAUGGAAAGUUUGAGGGAAGGGCUCCCGCGUUGCUCGACAACUUGGUGCAGGCACUCUUCCUGGCCCCCUUCUUCGUCUGGUUCGAGAUUCUUUUCUCGCUGGGCUACCGUCCUGAAUUGAAGCGCCGUAUAGACAAGGGGGUCGAGCAAGAGAUUGACAGGGUCAGGAAGAGCAAGGGAAAGGGCCAGAACGGGUCUGCGAAGUAAGACCAGAUGCUUCGCCUUGUGGAUGCGUCAACAUGGAGGAGCGGGACAGUCUUGAAGAAUUUGAAGGGGACGCCAGCCGUUGAGGAUGUGAGUCCGUAUGGGAGGAGAGCCUAGCAUUGCACAGGAGUCAGGUGUACUAGCAACUUGUCGAUAUUUGGAAAGCAUGCACGAUGUAUAUAUGGGAGUCGAGCGUCGUAGUUUUGCAGCGGGAUACCUAGAUAGAGCCUUGAUUAAACUAAUGAGUGUAAUUUUGCUGGAGGCCAACUGGACGGCGAAUGUACGCCUUUUCAAUUGCC